AUGGCCAAUUCAUUUUUAUUUUUAAACAGUGAAUUUAUUGCAGAAGAUGGUAAUGAGAAGUUUUGGCAGUUCUUGGAAACUGUACGAGAAUUAACAGUUUAUAAGCAAGGAGAUUCAGAACAUUCCUAUUACAAUUUAAUCUUGAAGAAAGCAGGACAGUUUUUAUCUAAUUUGCAAAUCAAUCUACUGAAGUUUGCACUUUCCAUACGGGCAUACUCUCCAACUGUUCAGAUGUUUCAGCAGAUUGCAGCUGAUGAACCUCCACCAGAAGGCUGCAGUGCAUUUGUGGUUAUCCAUGAGAAGCACACCUGUAAGACUAAUGAAAUAAAAAAGCUGCUGAAGAAGGCUACUAAGAGACCCAGGCCAUAUCUUUUUAAGGGAGAUCAUAAAUUUCCAACUCUCAAAGAGGAUGGCCCAGUGGUUGUUCUUUAUGCAGAAGUGGGUACGAAAGACUUUGUCAGAUUCCACAAGAUUUUAUCUGAGAAGGCACAAAAGGAGGAAAUUGUUUAUGUUCUACGGCAUUAUGUUCAGAAACCAAGUUCCAGAAAAAUGUAUUUAUCUGGAUAUGGUGUAGAACUUGCAAUAAAGAGCACAGAAUAUAAAGCAGUAGAUGACACACAGGUUAAAGGAGUGAAUGACACAAAAGAAGAAGAGGAGGAGGAGGAGGAGGGGGAGGAAAGUGAUGUCCAAGGAUUUCUCUUUGGCAAAUUAAAACAGAUGCAUCCUGAUCUGAAAAAUAAUCUGAAAGAGUUUAAAAAACAUCUAGUUGAAACUACUAACAACAUGGAACCACUGAAGGUUUGGGAGCUACAGGAUCUUAGUUUUCAAGCAGCUGCUCGAAUUAUGUCUACCCCUGUUUAUGAUGCCUUAAAGGUAAUGAAAGACAUAGCUCAGAACUUCCCAAUAAGAGCCAGAUCACUGACCAGAGUGCCUGUAGACAAGAAAAUGAGAAAAGAAAUAGAAGAAAAUCAGAAGCAUUUUCAUGAAACACUUGGAAUCCUACCUGGAGAAGCACGUUUAUUUCUAAAUGGCCUUCAUAUUGACCUGGAUUUUCAUGAUCCUUUUAGUAUCUUAGAGACUCUUAAACUGGAAGGAAAAGCAAUGCAUGGCCUUUAUGAACUUGGAAUCAAAGAGGAGAUCCUGAGUAAAUUUAUGAGGUUGCAUAUACAUCCUGCAGAUAACAGUUAUGCACUAGAUAUUCGUCACUCUUCAAUAAUAUGGGUUAAUAACAUAGAACAAGAUCACAGCUAUAGCACAUGGCCUGCAAGCUAUCAGGAACUGCUAAAACCCACAUUUCCCAGUGUUAUCCAGCAGAUUAGACGCAAUUUAUAUAAUUUGGUACUUUUUGUUGAUCCUGUCCAAGAAGAUACAGGUGAUUAUAUGAAACUGGCAGAAUUAUUCUAUCAUCACAAUGUACCGCUCAGAAUUGGAUUUGUUUUCAUUUUAAGUUUGAAAGAAGAAAUUGAUGGAAAUGAAGAUGCUGGAAUAGCUCUUUGGAGAACUUUUAAUUACAUUGCAGAGGAAUCUGACACCUCUCAAGCCUUUACCUCGAUAAUUAAUAUGUACCAUGAAGUGAAAGAUGGAAAUGUUCUAACAGUAAAUCACGUGAAAGAUGUUCUUAGAAGCGAAUACCCCCAUGCUGAUAUUCAGAGUAUACUAGGUGUUCAUUCCGAAUAUGAUGAAGGGAGGAAGGCAGGAGCAACCUUCUAUAAAAAGACUGGCCUGGGUCCAUUGCCUCAAGCUCUGUUUAAUGGCGUGCCCUUUAACAGAGAAGAGAUGGAUGCUGCAGAGUUAGAGACAGUUAUUCUUCAGAGGAUUAUUGAUGCCACCGGGUUCUUCCAGAGGGCAGUGUUCAUGGGUUUGUUAAAUGAUCAUGUAAAUGCAAUGGAUUUUCUUAUGGAUCAGCACAAUGUAGUUUCCCGUAUAAACCCCAUUAUUCUUGGAGCAGAAAGAAGAUACAUACAUUUCAGAUCCACAUCUGUUCCAUUUGAUGUGGAAGACUUCUCUACGUUCUCCUUUUUGGACUCACAAGAUAAAAGUGCUGUAAUUUCAGACAACAUGAAGUAUUUAACAAAAAAGGGUAUAUUAAUUUUCUAUAUGGGAGAUAUAUAUGGGUAUUACAAAUUGUUGAAAUUUGCCAGUAGAAUAUCCCAA